AUGGAUCGUCAGCAUUGCGCCAGCCCGGCCCUGUCGGACACCACAUACUACAGCUUCAACGAUAUCGAGCUUGUCGAACCGCCAGAGCCCACCAACGAGACAAACUGCUACGCACAGCGGCGGCUACAGCACAAACAAGACUUUGACCCGUUUGAGGCUUCCAAGAUGCAGCGACAAGACUCUGGCUACGAGUCCUACGAGCCGCCCUCGCCACGGACGUCCAUGUCCAACAGCAGCCGGCCGUCUGGCACUGUGACGCGGCGCAACUCGUCGGCUUCUAGUCCGCGUGUACGAUCAUCCAGACCGUCUACGCGGCGGUCAGCACGCUCCUACAAUACGUAUUCGAGCGGUAGCCAAGCACCCUACAGGAUCCGAUCAUACGCGCAGUCGCAGCCGGUAGGCUACGUGCAGUUUCCGACGCCUGAUCUCGUGGAGCUGGCCGAGCCCAGCCCCCCCUCAGAGGCCGCGACGGUGGCCCAGCCGCCUCAAACGACGCAUUACUGGACCAGCGACAGCACCCGUCGUCUAGAGUACGCCGCCAUUGAUGCGGCCGGGCGAGGGGUCACGGGCUGGAUGCGCAAGCACUUGGUUCCAGACUGCCUGGUGCCGGACCAAAAGCACCUGUCGUUUGACGACGAUACUGGUAGCGUCCGCAGGUAUCGCUUGCACCUGGAAGAUGACCUUGGAGAGAAGCACCGUCACGACGCGCAGGCAACACGCCGCAGGACCUGGCGUUUCUGGCGCGAGUAG